AUGGUUCGCGGUAAAGUCCUCGUCGUCGCCGGCUCCGACUCGGGCGGCGGCGCCGGCGUCCAAGCCGACGUCAAGGCGAUCCUCGCCCACGGCGCCUUCGCCACGACCGCCAUCACCGCGCUCACCGCUCAAAACACCACGGGCGUGCACGGCGUCCACGCCGCACCGUUGGAGUUCAUCGAGGCGCAGAUCGAGGCCGUGGUGACGGAUCUACCGCCAGACGCGUGCAAGACGGGGAUGCUGGCCAACGCGGCGACGACGCGCGCCGUCGCCGACGCGAUCGAACGACAUCGAUUGACCAACGUCGUCGUGGACACGGUGAUGCUGGCGAAAGGCGGCGCGAGCCUGCUCGAAGCGGAGGCGCUGGAGGUGAUGCGGGAUCGAUUGGCGCCGCUCGCGACGGUGAUCACGCCAAACGUCCCGGAGGCGGCGGCGCUGCUAAACUUGAGCGAGGAAGAGUUCGUGAUGGAGACGAUGGCGACGCGGGCGAAGGAGUUAGGGAAGUUAGGGUGUCAGUGGGUGUUACUUAAGGGUGGGCACGUCAAGGAUGACGCGGAGAUGUCGGUGGAUUAUUUGUACGAGGCGAACACGGGGAGGACGACGACGUUCUCGAGCGCGAGAAUAGAUACGAGGCACACUCACGGGACCGGGUGCACGCUCGCGAGCUCGAUCGCGGCGUCGUUGGCGCAAAGGUAUGACGUUCCUACGGCGGUGCAUCGAGCGAAGAGGUACAUCUCGGAGGCGAUUCGAACGAGUCCGGGGUACGGCGCGGGACACGGGCCGUUGAAUCAUUUGCCGUUUCACGCCGGCGCGGCGGCGCGUGGAAAGCGGUUCGAUCCGCGAUGUUUGAAACUUUAUCUCGUCAGCAGUGAGGCGUUGACCAUGGAUAAGCUUCGACAGGCGCUCGAGGCGGGAGUGACGAUUGUGCAGAUGCGCGAUAAGGAUCCCUCGACGAGGGCCUUGAUCGAACGCGCCAAGGCGAUGAAGGCGGCGUGCGAUGAAUACGGCGUCCCGUUCAUCGUCAACGAUCGUGUCGACGUCGCCAUCGCGUGUGACGCCGAUGGUGUGCACUUGGGUCAGUCAGACAUGACUUGCGCGGAGGCUCGACAAAUUCUUGGUCCGAAUAAAUGGAUCGGAGUGAGCUGUCGAGAGGUGUCUUUGGCGCGCCAAGCAAGCGCCGACGACGCCGAUUACAUAGGGUGCGGCGCGUGUUUCGGCACUAAUUCCAAGGGUGACGCUAAAGUCAUCGGCUUGGAUGGUGUCGGGAAAGUUAUCGCGGUAGCUCGCGAGCUUUCCUUACCAGUCGUCGCCAUCGGGGGCGUCUCGCUCGAAAACGCCGCGUCUGUUCGAGCGACGGGCGCCGACGGAAUAGCCGUCAUUUCCGCCGUCGCCAACGCGGCGGACGUGAAAAAGGCGGUCCAUAAGUUGCUGCAUUAG